AGGAAAGCAGCUGGAUGCCCGGGGCUGGAGCUACAGCUGCGGCGAUGACGCACGAAGGCCCGAGGCAGGUCCGAGACCGCGGGGUGACCCGAUCCAAGGCGGAAAAGGCGCGGCCGCCUACGGCUCCGGUGGUGCCGCAGGUGGACAUAGUGCCUGGGCGGCUCACUGAGGCUGAGUGGAUGGCGCUCACGGCUCUCGAAGAGGGCGAGGAAGUGGUGGGGGACAUCUUGGCUGAUCUGCUGGCCCGAGUCAUGGACUCUGCCUUUCAAGUCUACCUGACUCAACAGUGCAUUCCAUUCACCAUCAGCCAGGCCCGGGAAGCCAUGCUGCAGAUCACCGAGUGGCGCUUCCUGGCCAGGGACGAGGGAGAAUCUGCAGUGGCAGAGGACCCCACAUGGGGCGAGGACGAGGAACCCUUGUCUUGCACGACGGAUGCCUGGGCUCAGGGAUCCGUGCCCGUGCUACACGCGCUGACCUCGGUGGGGCUGGAGGAGACCUUCCAAGGCGAAGACCAAGAGAACGUGGACCAGAUCCCUUUAGGAAGAUCGUGGAUGGAUACAGGCUCUCAGGAGCGGAUGGAAUCUUGGGAGCGUCCUCCUGAACUGAGAGUCACCCCGGGCCCCCUACCCACCCCGGUCCUGUUUCAGGAGACAGGGCCCAGGGGUCCUUUAGAGAAACUGGACGACCAGGCGAGGGGCCACCUGUUUGCAGUCGGAUCCUUGAACGCGAGCAGCCAACCGUCGAAAGAGAUGGCGCCCGCCGGCAGUCCCCACCUUUCUCUGGAGCUGUCCUUGGUAGCCAGCCCUCAGGCCUCUGUCGAGAGGGCACAGCCCCUCAGCUCUCAGUUCUCGCUCGAGGACCUCUACUAUUCCCAGCCGCAGCCGUACGCGGUUGGAGACCGGCCGGAGCUCAAGGAGGAGAAGGUGCCCCGCAUCCCCUCGGUCGUGUCGGUGUCCGGCCCCUCUGCGGGCGGCCCCACCACGCUCAGCGCCUCCGGGGGGUUCCAGCCGCAGCACCCCGGGCGCGCCGAUGCGCGGCCCAGCGCGCUGCACUACAGAAUGGGCCGCAAGGCGGCGAUGGCGCGCCUGGACCCAGCGCGGCUGUCGCGCCACUGGGUGCGCCCGCUGGCGGAGGUUCUGGUCCCAGACUCCGAGACGUCCCCCCUGGAAGCCUACCGCGGGCGCCAGCGGGGCGAGAAGAUCGAGGCCCCAGCCGGACCGCAAGCCUCCGCCCCCAGCGUCCGCGUCUCCCCGUCAGUGUUCUUCCCUAUCGCACCUGGCGUUCCUUUCCGAGCCUUGGGCCCCGGCCCCAGCCUCCAAUUCCCUACUUUAAGUUUAGGCCUACCGUCGCCAGGUUUUGGUUCAAAGCUGCCCUUCGCUAGUCCCGGGCUCCGUUUUCUUGCCACACACCCGGCGCGCCCCGACGUGGCCCGCAGCCCCAGCCCCAGACUAUGGCCGGGUGCCAAGUGGCCCAGAGGCUGGGAGGGGGAGGGCGAGUUGCUGGGAGAGCUGUGGGCUGGCCGCACCCGCGUACCUCUGCAGGGCCUGGACCCUGGGGACGGGGAGAGCCAGGAUCCUCACAAGUGGCUUCAUCCCGUGCCCCGAGUUCUCGAGGCCAAGUGCCAGGUGAUGCGGAAGCCCGUGUUGCUGCCGGAAGCACUGGAGCUGGCUCCUGGUGUGAGCAUGUGGAACCCAGCCACCCAGGUGCUGCUCAGCUCUGCUGAACCUCAAAAGGAGGACAAAGAAGGUGGCACCUCUCCUCCACCCACAUAGGUGCCCCAAAGCCCCAGGUGACCGUGGCACAGUUAAUGAAGAGCUCAACCCCCAAAAUGUGGUCACUCCCCUCCAAGCGCCUGCCCCAUUCUGAGCCCUGAACCUCAGGCAGUGUGAA